CCGCUCCGGGUUUCCUGUUUAAGAUGGCGUCCCCCGUAGCAGCACAGGCCGGGAAACUUCUGCGACACCUAAGGCUGCGGCCCCGGCUCCUGGCCCCCAGGUUCCAGGCAGUUCAGCUGACCUCCAAAAGAUGGCUCAACCUGCAGGAGUAUCAGAGCAAGAAACUGAUGUCUGACAAUGGAGUGAGAGUGCAACGGUUCUUCGUGGCAGACACUGCCAGUGAAGCUCUUGAGGCUGCUAAAAGGCUCAAUGCCAAAGAAAUUGUUUUAAAAGCCCAGAUCUUAGCUGGAGGAAGAGGAAAAGGUGUCUUCAAUAGCGGGUUGAAAGGCGGUGUUCAUUUAACCAAAGACCCUAAAGUUGUGGGACAGCUGGCUGAACAGAUGAUUGGCUAUAAUCUAGCAACAAAACAAACUCCAAAAGAAGGUGUGAAAGUUAACAAGGUGAUGGUUGCCGAAGCCUUGGAUAUUUCCAGAGAAACCUACCUGGCUAUUCUGAUGGACAGAUCAUGCAAUGGCCCUGUGUUGGUGGGCAGUCCACAGGGAGGUGUUGACAUUGAAGAGGUGGCAGCUUCUAAUCCAGAACUUAUCUUUAAGGAACAAAUUGACAUUUUUGAAGGAAUAAAGGACAGCCAGGCUCAGCGGAUGGCAGAAAACCUCGGCUUCCGUGGACCCUUGAAAAACCAGGCUGCAGAUCAAAUUAAGAAGCUGUAUAAUCUCUUCCUGAAAAUUGAUGCAACUCAGGUGGAAGUGAAUCCCUUCGGUGAAACUCCAGAAGGACAAGUUGUCUGUUUUGAUGCCAAGAUAAAUUUCGACGACAAUGCAGAAUUCCGACAAAAAGACAUCUUCGCGAUGGAUGACAAAUCAGAGAACGAACCCAUUGAAAAUGAAGCUGCCAGAUAUGACCUAAAGUACAUUGGACUGGAUGGGAACAUUGCCUGCUUUGUGAAUGGGGCAGGGCUGGCCAUGGCAACGUGUGACAUCAUUUUCCUUAAUGGUGGGAAGCCAGCCAACUUCUUGGAUCUUGGUGGUGGUGUCAAAGAAGCUCAAGUGUAUCAGGCGUUCAAGUUGCUGACUUCUGAUCCUAAGGUUGAAGCCAUCCUUGUCAAUAUUUUUGGUGGUAUUGUCAACUGUGCCAUCAUUGCCAAUGGAAUCACCAAAGCUUGUCGGGAAUUGGAGCUCAAGGUUCCCCUAGUGGUCCGUCUGGAAGGAACCAAUGUGCAAGAGGCUCAGAAGAUCCUCAGCAACAGUGGGCUGCCCAUCACUUCAGCUGUCGACCUGGAAGAUGCGGCCAAGAAGGCCGUGGCCAGCGUGGCCAAGAAGUGAUGCCUUCAUUGUCCUGGCCCCCAGAGAAGAAGGCUGUCUCAUCACUGUGAAUGAAAUGCUUAUCUCACAUGGAGAAAACCAGGGGGCAGAGGAAAUGAACACUCAUCACUGAAUAAAUCUGUGUUUUCUUCAGUUAAGAUACGUAGAUGGCCUGAAUCUGAUUGUAGUUACAUUGUCGAUAAGAAUCCUGUCCUGCGUGCUCAUACUGUUUUUUUUUCUUGCUUUUUCACAGUAAGUCUGCUCAGUAGGCAGUGUUUUUGCCAACUUUGGGGUUAGGCUGUGUGGCCAAAUACCAUGUACCAAAUACAGAAUGUGAAAGUCAAGUAAUGCGCAUAUACACAGAAUGUGAGAAUCAGGCCAUGGAUAUGGAGAAGAAUUUUGGUAGAAAUUUAAUCCUAUGUGCUAAUUCAAAAAAUCAAAACACAAUCCCUAAAAAAAAAAAGUCAAGACAAGAUUACUUCUAACAUAAUCACUCCUGAAAGCGGGCUGCCGAGACACAAAUCCCUUUCCACUUGGCAGCAGUUCUUACAAGUUUCUCACACAUGUCUGGGAUAUCGAAAAUUUUCCAAAAUGCAUUUUUACGAUCAAAGAUCUGCUUUGGUGCACUGCACAUGCGUUCUACCACUUGCCUUAACACUGAAUAUACUGUUUACUUCAGACUAACAGAAAAGCCAGAAGCCUUAUUUGUGAUUUUGGAGUAAUUUUCAAAGCAUACAGUUGAAAGAUGCUGCUUCUGCUGGAAAUUUCUAUGAUGAUAAUUCUGAGAUAACACCCAAGACAGUGGUGUUGAAUGUGGGGUCUCCUUGUCUGUGCACCAAGCCCACCCUGCCCGUCUCCCAGGGUAGACCAGCUGUGGUAAAACGACGGGAACAUAAUGAAGAUGAGUAUGUCUGGAUACCAUGAUGCCCAUUUUCACAGUGGGAAGAAUUUGAGAUACAGGUUUGUCUAAGUUUUGGCUAAUUUUUAUCUGCAUACAAGGUUAAAUAAAAAUCCUGUGUUUUGUAAGGUGUUAA